AUGGAACAAGUUGAAGCUUUGCAAUUGAUUACGCAUGAGAUAGCAGCUGAGGGCAUGUCGAUUUGUGAAAGUUUCACUGUCAAUUCCUUCAUUGAGAAGCUUCCUCCAGGGUGGAUGUACUUCAAAAACUAUCUCACUCACAAGCGUAAGACAAUUACCCUCGAGGACUUAAUUGUCAAGCUGCGGGUUGAAUCCCGAAACCGUGAGGCUAAUGCUGUUUUCAUUCAUACGAAUGAUGUGAACUUGGCUGAGCACAAGAGAAAUGGGAAAGGAAAAAUUCCUCCACACUCCUCCACAAGCUUAAAGAAGCAAGUUGAACCAAAGAAUUUCAAAUGGAAGUGCCACAAGUGUGGCAAGAUGGGCCACAAAGCUAAUAUUUGCCGUAGCAAAGUUGUUCCAAGUGAAGAUAAAGGGAAGUCUCAGGCUCACUGA